AUGGUUUACUCUGGUGGCGUUCGUUCUUUCAUUCAAGCCGUGGCGGUGUGCGCGCUCGCCCUGAGCGCCUUGCCGUCGAUCCAAGCGAAAGGGGCCACGACGCCCGCUCCGACUUCGAGCCAAGUGACGUGCGGCAUCUCGGACGGCGACAAGCAGGUCGGCAUCCAGGCUAUCAACGACGAGUCGUGCACGAACGGCGGCCUCGGGUGCUACAACAAGCACUGCCGCUACUGCAAGGUGCUGGACACGCCCAAGUCGUCGCACCUGGACACAUGUCUGUCGCACGGCGUGGCGUUCACUACGACGUCGACGGUGGCCGCCUCGCGAGGCCCCUGUGAAGUGUCGAGAGGUGACGUUGCGGCGGGUAUUGCGGCGGUGACGGACUCGGGCUGCCUGUACGGCGGACUGGGCUGUUUCAACGACCACUGCCGCUUCUGUAAGGUGAGGGAGACGCCGCAGUCGGCCGGCUUCAUAGCCUGCGCGAGGCUCGACAGCUCCUACAGCCCUGUCGCCACGCUGGCACCAGCAACCGCAGCGCCUACCGUUCCGCCGACGGCAGCACCGACCAGUCCUCCGACGGCAGCACCGACUAGUCCUCCGACGGCGGCACCUACCGUUCCGCCAACUGCGGCAGCUACGGCUCCGCCGACGACAGCUCCAGCUACGCUAGCACCAACCACGGACGCCCCAGUCACUGAGGCUCCGAUCAGCCAAGUCCCGAUCACUGACGCUCCAACGAGUGAGGCCCCUGCCACUGAGGCACCAACUAGUGAAGCCCCUGUCACUGACGCUCCAACUGUUCCGCCGAUGGAUGCACCAGCUACUGCAGCACCGAGCAGUGAAGUGCCGGCGACUGACGCUCCAGUGUCUCCGUCAACGUGCGGCAUUGUUCCAUCCGCUGGAGACCUCGAUGUCGGCGUUACCAUCGUCACGGAUCUGUCAUGCGCCUCAGGCGGCCUUGGCUGCUUGAGCGACGUCUGCCGAUUCUGCAAGCUCAAGACGACCCCGCAGUCGGAUCCUUACAUGGACUGCGCGUUGGUAAACGGUGCCCCAACUGCGACGGAGAUCCCAGCAACGACUGACGCUCCUAGUGCGACAUCGGUUGCUGCUGAGACCGACGCUCCGGUAACAGAUGCCCCCACGGACGCUCCAAUCUCGACGGAUGCCCCCACGGACGCUCCAAUCUCAACGGAUGCCCCCGCGGACGCCCCGAUCUCGACGGAUGCCCCCACGGACGCCCCGAUCUCGACCGAUGUCGCCACGGACGCUCCAACCUCGACGGAUGCCCCCACGGACGCUCCGCAAUCGACGGAUGCCCCGGUUGCUGCUACGGAGGCACCAGCUCCCGCUGUGGACGAUACCGUUCCUCCGUCUGACGCACCAACAGAGGUGCCUGAUUCAACUUCGGAGGCCCCGGCAGCUACAACUGAGACGCCGGCAGCUCCUACCGAGGCGCCUGCUACCGUCACGGAUACACCGGAUGCGACAACGGAAGCUCCUCCCACCGUCACCGACACCGACGCCCCUACGGAGACACCUGCCGUCCCGGAUGCUCUGGAUGCGUCGACUGAGGCUCCUACUGAGGCUCCCACCGCCACCGAGACACCAGCACCGUCAGAGUCCCCUGCUGCCCCGACAGAUGCGCCGGAUGCGACAACCGAGCCUGUGACUGGAAGCGAGACCCCUACCGAAUCCCCGGUUGUACCAACUGGUGCCCCUGUUUCGACUUCGGCUGCACUACCUGACCAGCAAAUGUGUGGUCUCGAAGCCACGGCUGGUGACAUCGCGGUUGGUGUUCAUAUCGCGACGGAUCUCACUUGCAGCACUGGCGGUGUCGGCUGCAUCAACGACUUGUGCCGCUUCUGCAAAGUGAAGACUACGCCUCAGUCCGAAGCCUUUGUCGAUUGCAGUUCGCUCGAUGGCACUGCGCCUGACUCCGCUGCCCCGGCAUCCACGACGAGCGCUCCUCUUGCCGAUGCCCCUAGCACCUGCGACCUGGUUGCUUCGAGUGGUGACGCCUCGGUCGGCAUUCAAAUUGUCACGGACUCAACGUGCAGUGCGGGCGGGGUUGGUUGCAUCAACGACGUGUGCCGCUUCUGCAAGGUGAUCACUUCGGUUCAGUCGGCAUCGUUCAUUGACUGCGUUACGGUUGACGGCUACACGCCUCCGACAGAGAUUCCGACAGCUACGACCACUCCAGAUGCCACCACGACCGCGCCUACCUCUGACUCGACUUGUGCUCGCGUUGCGUCCGUCGGCGAUAUCGCAGUCGGCGUCGACAUUGCCACCGACACGACCUGCCUUGCCGGAGGUGUCGGCUGCAUGGACGAUGUGUGCCGCUUUUGCCAAGUCACCUCGACUGCUCAAUCCGCGGCGUUCGUCAGCUGCACAUCACUCUCUGGUUACACCCCUCGCGUCGAAGUACCGGCCAGCAACGCGAUCGCGCCGGCAGCUCCAGCUACAGCAACUACCGGUGCGCCGGCUGAUCAGCCUGCCUGUGGACUUGUGGUGUCGGCGGGCGACGCGGCUGUCGGUAUCAGCAUCACCGGCGACGCGACCUGCGCUGACGGUGGCGUCGGCUGCAUUGACAGCGUGUGCCGUUUCUGCAAGGUCACGACCACCGUGCAGUCCGCCGCUUUUGUUGAUUGCACGUCAAUUGACGGCUUCACCCUCGACACCGACGCUCCGACUUUGACGACGACACCUCCGACUGCUUCGACCACCUCUGCACCGGCGAUUUCAACUCCUGGGGGGUCUUGCAGCCUCGUUGUUUCUGAUGGCGACGCUGCCGUUGGCAUCAACAUUUUCGCCGACACUUCGUGCCAGUUCGGCGGUGUCGGCUGCAUUGACAAUGCCUGCCGGUUCUGCAAGACCAAGACGACGGACCAGUCGGCAGCUUUCGUCGACUGCCCCGUGGCUCUCACAACAACGGCGCCUACCCCGGCUACGCCGUAUUCGAACACUACUGUGGAGCCUACCACCACGGACGUUGACACUGCCACCCCGACUGACUCGAGCGUGAACACUGAGGCUCCUGUCACCACCGAUGCCCCAGCCGCUGAUGCGACGGAGGCUCCUAGCUCCUCCAGUUCGGACGUGUCGGACAUACUGACGUAUUCGCCCGCUUCUACUUCAGCUGAUACCGACGUGGUAACUGAUGCCCCCACUGCCGUACCGAAGGAUGCUCCCGUUGUGGACACUACAUCACCGGCAGUCGUCGAUACUUCCGACAUGCUGACGGAAGCCCCUGUGGUUGUCACCGAGCCGCCGACGAAGGCCCCGCUGCCGUCAGUCGACGACAUCGAUGACGACUGGGAGGGCUCCGACUCGACGUACGCGGACUCGGACUCGACCUACUACGACUCGGAAGAGUCUGAGGAGGGCAGUUAA